CUGAAAAAAAUGAAGCUAAAAAAAAUCAGGACGGUUGUAUGUUGUCAUUUUACGCUUUUCGCAAGCAGGCCGAGAAUCCACGACCCUUCCCUUCCUCCGUAGACAGAUUGUAGUAGUAUCUCAAUCCUAUACACCGCCGCAGCCGACCGCCGUUUAUUUUUUCAUACCGCGGCCUUACGGCGACGAUGAGGGUCGACUGGGACGAUCUUCCUGAAGAACCACAACAGCCGGAGCAAGAUUCUAACCUCAAUUUCGACUUUUUUUCUCUUGUUUCCAAGCCCAAGGAUUAUUAUAAGAUAUUGGAAGUUGAUUACGAUGCUACGGAGGAUGCUAUUCGCUCCAAUUAUAUCCGUCUUGCACUGAAAUGGCAUCCUGAUAAGCAAAAGGACGAUGGGGAUGGCGCCACUUCAAGAUUUCAAGAGAUAAAUGAGGCUUACCAGGUUCUCAUUGAUCCAGUCAAAAGGAGUGAGUAUGAUAAGAAGGGGAUGUUGCAUGUGUAUGACUAUGACAUAAUUGAGUACCUUAACCGUUACAAAGGCCUUAUUUUAACAUGUAACGGUCUUGGGAUUAGGCAAUCAAUUUGGUAAACUCAAGCUGGAGGAACUGAGGUUCCUUAUGUUCAUUGUCAUAAUGCUCAAACUGAGACACCCAGAUUUGUGAAUAUCACAAAAACAGCACAGUUGAGGAUGAGAAGAAGCUUGGAUGUAUUACAAGGUUAUGUUAUAUCUUGGUUGUGUAUAGUGAAGUAGAGAAAUUCACAUAAUCUGUAACAUCUUAUGCUUGUCCGGCUUAUUAGGGUAUGACCAAUUUGUUCACUGCAUGCUUGCAGCUUGUUAAUUUUGUAGGGUUGUAGAGGGUUGUAGGCUUAUGAGGGUAUGACUGUAGGAGCAAUAUUUAUGGAACCAAUCUACUGUUACUAGCUAGUUAAUGGGAUAACCAGUGCUUUUUGAAUUUUA